AUGAUGUUACAGAUCGACCCCAAGAACCUUCUUAUUCAGAAAACGUUAACAGAAACCAUUUUCCCAGAGGGUGAUUCGGGAUCACCUAAAUCAUUGGAUAGAAUCAUUAGUGAUUUUGAUUACACCAAUUAUCACAUCAGUACACUUCCUGACAAUAAAGAUUUAUUAUUGAUUUCGUUAUAUUUGAAAUGCUGGACUGAUUUGGCACAAUAUGGUGUUGAAAAGUACUUGUCCACUAAAUAUGCUCCCUUUAGUGAAUAUUUAACGGUGUUAACAGGGAACGACAUUGAAACAUCAUUCAAUUUCUCGAUGGUACUUAACUUGGAGAAUUUAAAUUCUCUGGGUUCAGAAGAAGUCAAAUUGGCCAUCAUUGACGAAUUGGCAUUACUUAAAAGAAAUGCCAUGGCUUCUGCCUUUGAAAAGGCAUUUGCAAGAUAUGAUGAAUUGGCGGCUACUUAUGCGGAUUCCAAUACAUAUUCCGAAGAAGUCCAAGCGGAAUUACAGAAGGAGCAAGUAUUAGUUAUAAAUUAUCGUGAAUCUGAUGAAAGUAUCUAUAUCAAACCUUCAUUCGAUAGAGUCACUGUUGUGUUCCUGACCAUUUUUCAAGAUGAAACAGACAAAAUCUUUGGUAAGGUUUUCCUCCAAGAGUUUGUUGAUGCGAGAAGAAGAUCCGUGCAAACUGCUCCACAAGUGUUGUAUUCACACAAGGAUCCUCCAUUGGAUAUUCAAAGUGUGGCUCUGUCAUCCAAUGACGAAAACAAGGGUUACAUCACAUUUGUUUUAUUCCCCAGACAUUUGGUGAAAGGUGACAGAAGAGAGAAUUGUAUCACUCACGUUCAAUUCUUUAGAAACUAUUUCCAUUACCAUAUCAAGUGUUCCAAGGCAUAUAUGCAUUCAAGAAUGAGACUUCGUGUUAAAGAAUACUUGAAGGUAUUGAAGAGAGCUCAACCAGAAGCCGUGGAUGAAGAUGGUAAGGCCAUUGACAAUAGAAAGACUGCCAGUGGUCGUAGAUUCGAAGUAGGAAGAGUGUAA